AUGGGGGAUUUUUUACCUUUUUCUUCCUCAGAGAGUUCCCUAAUUGAAGAUAGAACUAUUGAGAGUGUUCUAGAGAAUGAAACAAUGAAAAAGAGCAGCACGGUAAUUAUGGAUGGAUCAUCGAAUAAGUUUAGACAAUUUGUAUCUAUGGGAUAUACAGGUGAGACAUAUUAUGACUAUGAUACUCCAUUUGGACCUAAUGAUGAUAUUUGCAUCCUACACUUUAAUGAUGUAUACAAUAUUGAAGAAGGUCCAGAUGGUAUGGGAGGAGUAGCACGUUUUGUAGAAGCUUUAAAAUCUUUCCAUCCAGCAAAUCCACUUUUGUUAUUUUCUGGUGAUGUUUUUAAUCCUUCAAUAAUGUCUAUUACUACUAAAGGCAGGCAUAUGGUACCUUUUUUGAAUAUGAUGCGAGUCCAUACAGCAUGUUUUGGUAAUCAUGACUUUGAUUUUGGUAUUGAUCACCUUGAAUACUUAACAGGAUCUUGUAAUUUCCCUUGGUUAAUAUCUAAUGUAUAUGAUGCUUAUACUGGAGAACCUUUAGCAAAUGGCAGAUCUUACAGAUUAUUUGAAUGGCAAGGAAGAAGAAUUGGAAUAAUGGGGUUAGUUGAGAGGGACUGGUUAAAAACUUUACCUACUAUUGUAGAAGAUGAUGUAAUAUACAAAGAUUUUGUAGAAGAAGCAAAUAGAUUAUCUGAAAUUCUUAGAAGUAAAGAUGCAGAACUAAUUAUAGCACUUACACAUAUGAGAGCUCCAAAUGAUGAGAGACUAGCAAAAGAAGCUCUUGAUAUAGAUUUAAUAUUAGGAGGACAUGAUCAUGAAUAUUAUGGGGUGAAACAGAUUGGAAGAACUGUAGUUGCAAAAAGUGGAACAGAUUUUAGAGAUCUAACAAUGAUUAUAAUAAAACCUGGGAAAACUUGUUUAAAAUAUCCAGCUUCUGAUACAAAAUUAAAUUUUGAAAAUUCAAAUUAUUAUCAAUCAUCUGAAAUAGACAUGGAUGAGCUUAAUAACUUAUCUAAACUAAAUGAUGACAAACUAAUACCUAAUAAUAAAGGUCAUGGUGAACUAUAUCUAACUAGAUUUUGUGGUGGUUCGAUAAUAUCCUGGUCUUAUAUUGAUGUUUCAACUUUUAAGUUAAAUAAGCAUGUUGAUAGAAUGGUUAAGAAAUAUGUAAAGGAUGUAGAAGCUCAAAUGGAUAGGAUUAUAGGUGAAAGUGCAGUUCAACUAGAAACAAGAUUUGCAAUUAUUAGAACUUCAGAAUCAAAUGCAGGAAAUUGGUUAACUGAUAUUAUGAGAGCAGCUACUAAAACAGAUAUUGCUCUUUUAAAUUCAGGAACAAUAAGGUCAGAUUGUGUAUUUAAUAUUGGACCAAUUCGUAAUCGUGAUAUAAUGAUGAUGCUACCUUUAGUAGACCCAUUAGUAAAAUUAAAAGUAUCAGGAUCUAUACUUAUACAAGUAUUGGAAAAUAGUGUAAGUAAAUGGCCUAGUAAAGAAGGCCGUUUUUUACAAGUUUCAGGAAUUAAGUUUAGAUUCAAUCCUGAUUUCCCAAGUGGUCAAAGAAUUAUUAAAGAAUCUAUAGAAGUACAAGAUAUAAAUAAAAAUGACGAAUUUGUUCCUUUAGAUAUAAAUAAAACAUAUACUGUUGUAACUAAAGAAUUUUUGUACACGGGUAAAGAUGGUUUUGAAUGUUUAAUGGAUUGUGAAUUACUAAGUAAUCCAGAAGAUAUGCCACCACUUCCUACUCUUGUAAGAAAUGUGUUCUCAUUAGCAGCAAUGGCAAAUGGAUAUAGAAAACCCCACAAUGUGUCCACUGCUAGAAAAUUAAAAUCUUUUUUAUCUAAUCCUCAGUUAACUCGUACUGGUCUUUCAAGAAUCACUUCAAAAUUACCAUCACAUGAAACAACAAAAUUGCAAUUACCAACAGCUAAUUUAGGAUCUAUUUCAAUAUCUUAUCCUGAUGAAACUGGAAAUUAUUGUCAGACAUUAGCUGAUAACAUACAAGAUAAAGACUAUGUCUUCAUGAUACAGGUUUCAAGAGAAGGAAGGAUUAUUAGAGAAGGGAACUCUACAGAUCCUAUUAUAGAAGCUGGCUUAGAAAGAGUUGAUUAA